GCCCAUCUCACUCCCUCCGCAAGCACAGCCCUAAAAGUUUUGGUCGUUGUUUGUGUACGGUGCAAAGAUGCGGCAUUGAGCCUUGCUCUGCUAAUAAUAUGCCAGCUCUGGAAUGGGAUUCGCAGCGAGGAAGGUGUUCCAGAGUCGUGUGAGGGGCUGGAUAACAUUGGGAAGGCUAGAGCACUUGAUUGCGAGCGCUCUCCCGACUGCCUCUCCCAGACCUGCAACGUGUCCGAAGGUUUUCCUGGACACGGAGCUACACUGUUACUCUUUCCCUGCGACCAGCCGCCGGCCCUCGAGAUACUGCUAAACUCGCCGGAAGCCAGCGGCACAGUUGGGAAGUUUGACAGUAGUACUCCGAGCAGGACUACCGGCGUCCCCCUGAACGACCAAGGAUUCCAGUUUCAGAUCACCGUUUUGUGGGCGACUCCUCGCACAGCUUCCAUAAUGGCGGCAAUUGUGAACCCAAAUAUGAACUUCAGGACCAUUCUGCUGGACCCUACAAAUGUUACUCUCCCAGCCUGCAAGCAAACUCCAGAACCUACCAUCACCACCUGUCUGGCUCUUCAACAUAUUGCAGUCAAUGCAGGCAAAACGUCUGUCACGUGCACUACUGAUAGUGUGGACAACUGUGACACCAUCUCUUGUACCGUCCAACUACCAAACACAACCCCUGUCCAGUACAAACUGCAAGUCCUUCCCUGCAAAGAGGACACCCCUGCAAUUCACGUCUUCGUCAAGAGAACCUCGGGUGAUGAUAACGGUGCCAUAAAUCAAGUGUUGACCGGGUCGAAAGAAGUCCCUGUCUUCCAAAAUAUGACUCUCGAUGUGACACUGAAACAGCUUGAUGGAGCCAUUGGGCUACAGGUGGAUUUGCUCGAAGAUCGCAAAAAGAUUGAAGAGCUAUUCAGCUAUUCUGAGAUUCCUAUAAACGAGACACAGUGCGCUGGAGGUACUUUUGGGGGGGGAGGGUUUUUUGGGGGAUUGUUUCACAAUUAUCUAUAGUUGGGAAUGUUUUUGGUGAGUGGGAGCGAGCAUACAAGGACUCCAUCUCCAUGUAUCUGCACUUAAUGGCUGAGCCAUCCUAUAUAAUAUUAUAGUCUUUUACAACCUGCACCUUAGAACCGCGAAGAUUGGAAAGAGGUCAGCCUCAGUCAGGCAUUGAAGAGCCAGCGAAUGCCACCGAAUGUACGAGAGUUCUCUUGUUGGUAGAUUGAGGAGGGGCAGUGAAUUUCGCAUAAAAGGAAGCAUGUAAUCCAAACACAUGCACAAUUCAACGACGUACAGUCGUAUAAUAUAGAAAAAUGCAUACCAUUCAGUCCACUAGGUUAUAUAGCUUGCUCUCACUCGUCAAUUAUCAUCACAUGGAGUAGCUCAUAAGGUAACAAUCAACGUUUGCUAUAUAAUAUGAUUCACUGCAUAAUAUACUCUUUUUAGUAGUUAUAAUGUUUUGACACAAUAAUCAACUCGCCAGGUUAAAUCAAGAAGAUUAGGUGUGACUAGAGCCAUAUAGAGGUAUUAUAACAAUAAUCCAUUGCCACUGCCAACAGGUAAAAUGAGGGCAGAUCCAGUACUGAAAGAAUCGCCUGGUCCCAGUGGAGCCAGCCCCCUUCAACUGAUCCCAUGGCAGCUUGUUCUCUUCUCGGCUCUUACACCACUUUAUUCACUGCUUUAAACACCAAUUUAUACUCACUGUGUUGCUGAAUAUACUAUGUUGUACUUUUACGCUCUCAUCUCGUGUGAAUUACAAUUACAUUUG